AGAAAUAAUGUGACGUAGCGCUGGUUGAUGUAAAAUGGCGACGAUGAUGCGCCAGUCAAAACACAAGUGACGAGCCAAAAAACAAACAAACAGCAAGCUACAGAAAAAGUUACUGCUUUUACAAAGGAAAUAUCAACCGUUGUGAUAUUUGUUGGAUCUUACUAAGGUUCGGUCAUGGCCGAGCAGACCAGCGUCAGCUCGGAGGGCAUCGUGGGCCUGGAUGAGCCCAAAAAGAUGACCAGGGAGGACUGGAGGAAGAAGAAGGAGCUGGAGGAGCAGAGGAAGCUGGGAAACGCGCCAGCUGAGGUGGACGAGGAGGGAAAGGACAUAAAUCCUCACAUCCCGCAGUACAUUUCAUCAGUGCCAUGGUACAUCGACCCAUCCAAAAGGCCCACGCUAAAGCAUCAGAGACCACAGAGUGAAAACCAGAAGCAAUACUCAGCCAUUGGAGAGUGGUAUAAGAGAGGAGUGCAAGAGAAUGAUGUUGGCACUAAAUUUCGUAAGGGAGCUUGUGAAAACUGUGGGGCCAUGACACACAAGAGGAAGGACUGCUUGGAGCGACCCAGAAAAGUUGGGGCGAAGUACACAGGCACAGGCAUAGCUCCGGAUGAACACAGUCAGGUCCAGCUCGCGUUGGAUUAUGACGGGAAGCGUGAUCGCUGGAACGGGUAUGACCCUGAGGAACACCAGCGCAUUGUGGAAGAGUAUGCCAAAGUAGACCUGGCCAAAAGGACUCUGAAGGCACAGAAACUUCAGGAUGAGUUGGCCUCUGGAAAAUUGGACCAAACUGAGUGGGAACAUGACAGUGAGGAUGAGGAUGAAGAUAAAUAUGCAGAUGACAUUGAUAUGCCCGGUCAGAACUUUGACUCCAAGAGACGAAUCACUGUCAGGAAUCUGCGUAUCCGAGAAGACACAGCUAAAUACUUGAGGAAUCUGGAUCCAAACUCCGCCUACUACGAUCCAAAGACUCGAGCUAUGAGAGAGAACCCAUACUCCAACACUGGCAUGAACCCUGACGAAGUCGGGUACGCUGGAGACAACUUUGCUCGCUAUACUGGGGACACGAUCACCAUGGCUCAAACACAAUUGUUUGCCUGGGAGGCCUAUGAGAGAGGCUCAGAGGUGCAUCUGCAGGCCGACCCGACCAAGCUGGAGCUGCUCCACCGGUCCUUCAAGGUCAAGAAAGAGGACUUUAAAGAGCAACAGCGGGAGAGCAUCGUGGAGAAGUAUGGAGGUCAACAGCACCUGGAUGCUCCACCGCGGGAGCUGCUGUUGGCCCAGACGGAGGACUACGUGGAGUAUUCUCGUCACGGCGCUGUACUGAAAGGACUUGAGAAGGCUGUCGCCCGUUCCAAGUAUGAGGAGGACGUGCUCAUCAACAACCAUACUUGUAUUUGGGGCUCUUACUGGAAGGACGGCUGCUGGGGGUACAAGUGUUGUCACUCCAUGGUCAAGCAGAGUUACUGCACAGGAGAUGCUGGAAUUGGAAUAAACAACUCAGACUGUGUUCCAUUUGAAGAGGGACUCACUGAGCCACAGGAGGAAGAACAACCAAAGACUCUGCUGGAGAUGCAUCGAGAUAAGAUGAUGAAAGAGAAGAAGAAGAAAAAGAAGAGCAAAAAGAACAAGAAGCGUGGUUCUGACAGCAGUGAUUCAGAAGAUGAAGAGAAGAAGAAGGAGAAGCUGAAGAAGGCCCUUGAAGCAGAGGACAAACGGGUGAAGCACAUAGAAGCAAUAAUGCAGAUGGAUGAGAGGAAGAGGCCGUACAACAGCCUGCAGGAAGUGAAGGCGCCCACCGAGGAGGAGAUGGAGGCCUUCCGCAUGAAGCGUAGCCGGCCAGAUGAUCCCAUGGCUUCCUUCCUGGGACAGUGACCUCUUCCUUUCCCUGCUGACUCUCCGAAACUCUCCCCAUGGAACUUUACCAGAGCAGUUACUCAGACUCAUAAAACCCAAAUUUCAUCUUGUAAACUUAGAUCAGGAGCCUGCUGUUUGGUUGUAAAUGCUAGAGAAACUUUGUACAGUGUUUUGUUAAUUUCAUUUUGCAGACUUUUUGUUUUUUAAGCCACAUGUCGACAUACCGGAGAACAAUAAUGAUGUACGCUUUUGUUUGUACUUACCCAGUUCCAUGGGAAAAAAAAAUUAACAAUGCAAAUUUUCCUCAAUGCUUUUGAACACAUUUCAGUCGAAUACGAAAUGGAUCCACCCCCAGUUUUUACAGUAAAUUGAGGAACUACUAUUCGAGUGAUUAAUGCAUUUGUAUAAAUAAAACACAUUUGUCUGAA